GAAAACUCAACCGAGAUGGAAUCUCCCAGUCUGAACCGGUUUCAACCGGUUCCGAGUUUGAGGCACUAGGAGGAGGGGGAGAAGCGGCUGCAGCGGCCGCGGCAGGAGCAGCGGGAGCUACAGCAUCAGCAAGAGCAACAGUAGCUACAGCCCCGGCGGCGGUGCCCGUUCCAGUCUUUGCUGCUGCAGUCCGUGCAACCACCCAGAGGGGGAGGGGGGAACCACCAGUCGCUGAGGAGCAGGAGAAGGGGGGAAAGUUUAGGCGAGCCUGGGUGGGGGGGGCCCAGCGCCGGAGCCGCGUGAGAGAGGGAGCCGUAUUUUGGUAGGGGGGAGUCGGACUGCAACUGGCAGCAGAGCGUCCCCCGGCCGUGUGGACUCUACAGCCCCUACUCCUGCCGCUCCUGCUGCCGCCUGUGGCUGGAGGGUCCCCCUGGGGCUGAAUCUUUGGGACUUGACCCCCUUCCCCUCCCCCUUCCCUCACUCCCCCAGCCAGGCGGGAGCAUUUAUUCCACGGAUUAAUUGCCCUUUUUUGGGGGGGCGGGUGUUUGUGUGUGUGUCGGGGGGAGGUGUCCCUGAAAUAGUAAAUAUUGUUGAGCUUUUUUUGCCCUUACCCUCUUCGUUUUUUUAAUUUCCUUUUUUAAGGUGGGAAAACUGUGAAACCCACCUUGAUUUCCUCCCCUCUCCCCCCCCCCCCAUCCUCCCUCGCCCUAAUCCCCCGACAAGGAAGGAAGAAGCAGUUGGUUCAAUCUCUGGUAAUCUAUGCCAGCAAUUAUGACAAUGUUAGCAGACCAUGCAGCUCGCCAGCUGCUCGAUUUCAGCCAAAAACUGGAUAUCAACCUUUUAGACAAUGUGGUGAAUUGCUUAUACCACGGAGAAGGAGCCCAGCAAAGAAUGGCUCAAGAAGUACUGACACAUUUAAAGGAGCAUCCUGAUGCAUGGACAAGAGUCGACACAAUUUUGGAAUUUUCACAGAAUAUGAACACGAAAUAUUAUGGACUACAAAUUUUGGAAAAUGUGAUAAAAACAAGGUGGAAGAUUCUUCCAAGGAACCAAUGUGAAGGGAUAAAAAAAUAUGUUGUUGGCCUCAUUAUCAAGACGUCAUCUGACCCAACUUGUGUAGAGAAGGAAAAGGUAUAUAUCGGGAAAUUAAAUAUGAUUCUUGUUCAGAUACUGAAACAAGAAUGGCCAAAGCACUGGCCAACUUUUAUCAGUGACAUUGUUGGAGCGAGUAGGACCAGUGAAAGUCUUUGUCAGAACAAUAUGGUAAUUCUAAAACUCUUGAGUGAAGAAGUAUUUGAUUUCUCUAGUGGACAGAUAACCCAAGUGAAAGCUAAGCAUUUAAAAGACAGCAUGUGCAAUGAAUUCUCACAAAUUUUUCAGCUUUGUCAGUUUGUGAUGGAGAAUUCCCAAAAUGCUCCACUUGUACAUGCAACUUUGGAAACGUUGCUCAGAUUUCUUAACUGGAUUCCACUUGGAUAUAUUUUUGAGACCAAGUUAAUCAGCACAUUAAUUUAUAAGUUCCUGAAUGUUCCAAUGUUCCGAAAUGUCUCUCUGAAGUGCCUCACUGAAAUUGCUGGUGUGAGUGUAAGCCAGUAUGAGGAACAAUUUGUAACGCUAUUUACACUGACAAUGAUGCAGCUAAAACAGAUGCUUCCUUUAAAUACCAACAUUCGACUUGCAUACUCAAAUGGAAAGGACGAUGAACAGAACUUUAUUCAAAACCUCAGUUUGUUUCUCUGCACCUUUCUGAAAGAACAUGGUCAACUUAUAGAAAAAAGAUUAAACCUCAGGGAAACACUGAUGGAGGCCCUUCAUUAUAUGUUGUUGGUAUCCGAAGUAGAGGAAACUGAAAUCUUUAAGAUUUGUCUUGAGUACUGGAAUCACCUGGCAGCUGAACUCUAUAGAGAGAGCCCGUUCUCAACAUCUGCCUCUCCGUUGCUAUCUGGAAGUCAACAUUUUGAUGUUCCUCCCAGGAGACAGCUGUAUUUGCCUGUGUUAUCCAAGGUCCGUUUAUUGAUGGUUAGUCGAAUGGCUAAACCAGAGGAAGUAUUGGUUGUAGAAAAUGAUCAGGGAGAAGUUGUAAGAGAAUUCAUGAAGGAUACAGAUUCCAUAAAUUUGUAUAAGAAUAUGAGAGAAACAUUAGUUUAUCUUACUCAUCUGGAUUAUGUAGAUACAGAAAGAAUAAUGACUGAGAAGCUUCACAAUCAAGUGAAUGGCACAGAGUGGUCAUGGAAAAAUUUGAAUACGUUGUGUUGGGCUAUAGGCUCCAUUAGUGGAGCAAUGCAUGAAGAGGAUGAAAAGCGAUUUCUUGUUACUGUUAUAAAGGAUCUGUUAGGAUUAUGUGAACAGAAAAGAGGCAAAGAUAAUAAAGCUAUUAUUGCAUCAAAUAUCAUGUACAUAGUAGGUCAAUAUCCACGAUUUUUAAGAGCUCAUUGGAAAUUUUUGAAGACAGUAGUUAACAAGCUCUUUGAAUUCAUGCAUGAGACCCAUGAUGGAGUCCAGGACAUGGCUUGUGAUACUUUCAUUAAAAUAGCUCAAAAGUGCCGCAGGCAUUUUGUUCAGGUUCAAGUUGGAGAAGUAAUGCCGUUUAUUGAUGAGAUUUUGAAUAACAUUAACACUAUAAUUUGUGAUCUUCAGCCUCAACAGGUCCAUACAUUUUAUGAAGCUGUGGGGUACAUGAUUGGUGCACAAACAGACCAAACAGUACAAGAACAUUUGAUAGAAAAGUACAUGCUACUUCCUAAUCAGGUUUGGGAUAGCAUAAUUCAGCAAGCAACCAAAAAUGUGGAUAUACUUAAAGAUCCUGAAACAGUGAAGCAACUUGGUAGCAUAUUGAAAACAAAUGUGAGAGCCUGCAAAGCAGUUGGACACCCAUUUGUGAUUCAGCUUGGGAGAAUUUAUUUAGAUAUGCUUAAUGUAUACAAGUGCCUCAGUGAAAAUAUUUCUGCAGCUAUUCAAGCUAAUGGUGAGAUGGUUACAAAGCAACCAUUGAUUAGAAGUAUGCGAACAGUAAAAAGGGAAACUUUAAAGUUAAUAUCUGGUUGGGUGAGCCGAUCCAAUGAUCCACAGAUGGUAGCUGAAAAUUUUGUUCCUCCUCUGUUGGAUGCAGUUCUCAUUGAUUAUCAGAGAAAUGUCCCAGCUGCUAGAGAACCAGAAGUGCUUAGUACUAUGGCUAUUAUUGUCAACAAGUUAGGAGGACAUAUAACAGCUGAAAUACCUCAAAUAUUUGAUGCUGUUUUUGAAUGCACAUUGAAUAUGAUAAAUAAGGACUUUGAAGAAUAUCCUGAACACAGAACGAACUUUUUCUUACUGCUUCAGGCUGUCAAUUCUCAUUGCUUCCCAGCAUUCCUGGCUAUUCCACCUGCACAGUUUAAACUUGUUUUGGAUUCCAUUAUUUGGGCUUUCAAACAUACUAUGAGGAAUGUGGCAGAUACAGGCUUACAGAUACUUUUUACACUCUUACAAAAUGUUGCUCAAGAAGAAGCUGCAGCUCAGAGUUUCUAUCAAACUUAUUUUUGUGAUAUUCUUCAGCAUAUCUUUUCUGUUGUGACAGACACCUCACAUACUGCUGGUUUGACAAUGCAUGCAUCUAUCCUUGCAUAUAUGUUUAAUUUGGUUGAAGAAGGAAAAAUAAGUACACCAUUAAAUCCUGGAAAUCCAGUCAACAACCAAAUGUUUAUUCAGGAAUAUGUGGCUAAUCUUCUUAAGUCUGCAUUCCCUCAUCUACAAGAUGCUCAAGUAAAGCUCUUUGUGACAGGACUUUUCAGCUUAAAUCAGGAUAUUCCUGCAUUCAAGGAACAUCUUAGGGAUUUCCUGGUACAGAUAAAGGAGUUUGCAGGUGAAGAUACAUCAGAUCUCUUUUUGGAAGAAAGAGAAACAGCCCUUCGACAGGCUCAGGAAGAGAAACAUAAACUUCAAAUGUCUGUCCCUGGCAUCCUGAAUCCACAUGAAAUUCCAGAAGAAAUGUGUGAUUAAAAUCAGAAGUCAUGCUGGGUUGUUGGUUGUUUGUGUGUGUGUGUGUGUGUGUUUUGUUUUUGUUUUUCUUUUUUUGGUCCCCCCCCCUUUUUUUUUGGUUUUUGUUUCUCUUUUUUUUUUUUUUUUCCCUCUGCAACUCUUUUGUUAGCAGAUGAAAACAGCAUCUGGAUAUUUGUCGACCAAAAUGAUGCCAAUUUGUAAAUUAAAAUGUCACCUAGUGGCCCUUUUUCUUACGUGUUUUUUGUAUAAGAAAUUUUCUGUGAAAUAUCCUUCCAUUGUUUAAGCUUUUGUUUUGGUCAUCUUUAUUUAGUUUGCAUGAAGUUGAAAAUUAAGGCAUUUUUAAAAAUUUUACUUCAUGCCCAUUUUGUGGCUGGGAUGGGGGGAAGAGGCAAAUUCAAUUUGAACAUAUACUUGUAAAUUCUAAUGCAAAAUUAUACAAUUUUUCCUGUAAACAGUACCAGUUUUUAAUUAGGGAGCAUUUUCUUUCUAGCCUGUAUUGCAGUCUAGAAGAAAAGAUAAUGAGUACAAGAAAUGGCGCUGUGAAAAGGGUCAUAGUGCUGCAUCGUCUGAAGUUAGCACCUGUUGUCUGGACUACAUGUAUUACAAGUCUGUAUGGCAAGUUUGCAGCAAGAUCAUGUGCAUAUCAUCCCAUUGUAAAGCAACUUCAAAAAAUAUGGGAACACAGUUAUUUUUACACAGUUCUUUUUGUUUUUGUGUGUGUGUGCUGUCGCUUGUCGACAACAGCUUUUUGUUUUCCUCAAUGAGGAGUGUUGCUCAUUUGUGAGCCUUCAUUAACUCGAAGUGAAAUGGUUAAAAAUAUUUAUCCUGUUAGAAUAGGCUGCAUCUUUUUAACAACUCAUUAAAAAAACAAAACAAAACUCUGGCUUUUGAGAUGACUUAUACUAAUUUACAUUGUUUACCAAGCUGUAGUGCUUUAAGAACACUACUUAAAAAGCAAAAUAAACUUGGUUUACAUUUA